CAUAGCCUUUAAAACCUCAAUUCAUGACAAAAAACAUACCUCCAUCAGUGGAUGUUUUUUCUCCAUAGAAAAUGUUUUAGCUCUUCCCUGAAUUGCCACACAUCCUCUCUAGGUUACAAUCGUGGGUUGCCAGGAGAGAAAACUUCGUUUUUACAGCAUCCAUCCACGCUCAUUGGAAUUGUCACCUUUAUCACACCCUUCUCCUUUCCUUCAGCUCACAGGACGCACGUGUGAUGAUAGCAAACCUGAAAGCAGUCAUGUUUUUUCCGUUUCUUCAUUCAGCGCAGAUUGCGUUGGUAGGUUUUGUCAGGUCAGCUGCCUGCUAAGGUGCAUUUUUAAUUUCCCUUGGGGUGUUGUAACGAGCUGUUAAUAUGUCCUUAGUAGCAGCAAAUGGCCUGUUGUGACCUACAUGUUUUUGCGGUUGAACACACCAGGGUAACUACUUUGUGGUUCACAAGUUUCUCUGGCUGUUCCCUUGGUAGGUGGAGGAGUGCGAAAGGGAACGAGGUGGAGAAUGGAACAUGAUUGGAUGGAUGCUAUCCAAGUUUACAAAAUCCAAUGUCUCAGUCUUAUUGCAGAGAAGGCCAGCCAGUGAACAUGGGCAACAUUUUUGGCAACCUCUUGAAGAGCCUCAUUGGCAAGAAGGAGAUGAGGAUUCUGAUGGUUGGCCUGGACGCGGCUGGGAAAACAACUAUAUUAUACAAACUCAAGCUGGGCGAAAUAGUCACAACCAUUCCUACCAUCGGAUUUAAUGUGGAAACAGUGGAGUAUAAAAACAUCAGCUUCACAGUGUGGGAUGUCGGCGGCCAGGACAAGAUCAGACCCUUAUGGAGGCACUACUUUCAGAACACACAGGGUCUGAUUUUCGUGGUGGACAGUAAUGACCGUGAGCGGGUGAAUGAGGCCCGCGAGGAGCUAAUGCGGAUGCUGGCAGAGGACGAGCUCCGGGAUGCUGUGCUUUUGGUCUUUGCCAACAAACAGGACCUGCCUAAUGCUAUGAACGCUGCUGAGAUCACAGACAAGCUGGGCCUUCACUCGCUGCGCCACCGUAACUGGUACAUCCAGGCCACGUGUGCCACGAGCGGCGACGGCCUGUACGAGGGCCUGGACUGGCUGGCAAACCAGCUCAAGAACAAGAAGUGAGGCCUGCCUGCCUGCCAGGCUGGCAGUGCGGUGAGGAGAGCCCUGAGCCAGCGCCUCAGCAGAGAAGCAGUGCUGAUGGGAGUUUCCUGCUCUCUUGACAGGAUGAGAUGGGGGGUGGGAGGCCAGAACGGAGUUUACAACUGACCCUCUUCACUCCUCUCUUAACCUCCUCUUCUUUUGUGCUAAGCCGACUUGUAUAGACAUCAUUAUCUCUAUCUGAGGUGCAAAGGAGCUAUUAUGACAAUGAGAUGUUUUUGUGGUGUUUGUGAUGUUUACUUUUGUUCAGAUUUUGAAUCUGAGAAGCUGGCUUCCACCGUUAUAUCGUAAUGUACUGUUAUGCGAUUCUGAACAAAUGUAUAAUGUUAAUUGAGAACAUUCUAGCUUGUCAGGAAAGCUAUAACGAAUUGCAAAUAACUAAGGAAAGGAAAUACAAUAGCAUUUUCAUCAAUCACCCAGUCUUGCUUUCUUUUGUUUAUCAUAAAUUAAUCAUUGUUGCAGUGCAAUAUAAAAUUAUUAAUUCUACUUCUGACUAUUUCCUGUCUCUGGCAUAUGGUUAAAUUCACACAAUCUUGUGUCUCACUGCAUUUAAUUAGAUUGUUUCCUUUCAAAAGACACUUCAGCGAAGAUUUGACUCUCCACCAAACUCAACAACCCAAUCAAUGAUGGGUUGGUUGGAGAUGAGCUGUGGUCUUGUGUGGUGGAUAUUCCACAAAUGUUUGAAUGCUCUCCAACAUCAUUUCAAUUUUUCUAUGAUGGCUACAGCCAUGUGUUGGGAAUAUUGUUAUGUAAACAGCUCUUGUUUUUCUGCUUUGGAAACAUAAAGAUUGGCAGCAGGUAUCAACAAGUAGAUGUGCAUUCUCUUGUAUCGAAUGGGUUGAUGGUUCAAUAUACAUUUUGAAUUUGA